AUGAGUUCAUUUCGCGCUGCAACCAGACCACUCAUAGCCAACUGUUGGAAGAUAAAUAGCAAAAGAUCCUUUCACCUUUCAAGAGUAUGCAGAGAAAAUGCGCCACCACCUGCGGAGGGGUUUAUGCCCGGUUUAGCUCGUUCGAAACUCUUAAAGCAUACUCACGAAGAGGCGCUGAAAAAUCCAGAGUUGGUUGAUACUGGUGUUGUCGGAGGAGAGACGAAGAAGAUGAAUUUGCUUCAAGGAGUAAAUGAUGCCAUGUGUAUAGCGUUAGCAACAGACGAAACAGCCGUCAUAUUUGGAGAAGAUGUUUCGUUUGGUGGCGUAUUUCGAUGCACUCUGGGACUGGCAGAGAUGUUUGGUAAAGAUCGUGUUUUUAACACCCCGCUUUCCGAACAAGGAAUAGUUGGCUUUGGCAUCGGCAUGGCUUCGGUGGGCCAUACCGCUAUAGCCGAAAUACAAUUUGCAGAUUAUAUAUUUCCCGCAUUUGAUCAAUUAGUCAAUGAAGCAGCAAAGUAUCGUUAUCGCAGCGGUAAUGAAUUCAGCAUUGGCGGUUUAACUGUGCGAUCGCCCAGUUCAGCUGUUGGACAUGGUGGACAUUACCAUUCGCAAAUGCCCGAAGCAUACUUUGCACACACGCCUGGACUCAAAAUCGUAAUUCCACGAAGUCCCAUACAAGCAAAGGGUCUUUUGCUGGCAUCAAUAAGAGAUCCUAAUCCAGUGAUAUUUUUUGAACCAAAGGUUCUCUACCGUGCAGCUGCCGAACAAGUUCCAACAGGCGAUUACGAACUCCCUUUGGGCAAAGCAGAAGUGCUCAAACGAGGCAAAGACGUCACAGUAGUUGGAUAUGGGUCUCAAAUCUACACCCUUGAAACAGCCAUUCAGAUGGCUGAGAAAAAUAUUUCCGGACUCUCGUGCGAAUUAAUUGACCUUCGAACAAUUCUUCCGUGGGAUAUUGACACCGUUGCAAAGUCGGUAGACAAGACGGGUCGGUUGGUCAUAGCACAUGAAGCACCAAAGACCGCUGGAUUUGGAGCCGAGAUUGCGGCUAGUGUGAUGGAGAGAUGUUUUCUGAGAUUAGAGUCGCCGAUACAGAGAGUUUGUGGAUGGGAUACCCCAUUCCCGCUUGUGUUUGAGAAGUUUUACUUGCCUGACGUGACCCGAUGUUUUGAAGCUAUUAAGAAGGCAGUCGAGUAUUAA